AUGGCAACCACCCCAUCUGUGACGACGAGCCUUGAAGCAACGACAUCUACGGCGGCCACCCCAGUGGCCGUUGUCAGUUCUGGCUCGUCGAUGUCCGCCAUGGCGAAAUCAUCUAGCCCAGCAGGGACAUCAAGCAAGACAGCAAGUGGACUCGCCACCGGAACAGCUAUUUCAAGUCCUACAAACGCCACAAAGACCACGGCUGCCUCCGCUUCGCCUACCAAGUCCAAGAAAAAUAGCGCCGGUCAACUCCGUGGCUUCGCCGGUAGCGUUGGGAUCCUCCUAUUGGUCGGGGUAUUUGCAGGGCUUUAG